UCCCUGCUUAGGCUGUUUUGAAUACUUUCUGCUUUGAAUGCCUCCCGCAUGCCUAAUUAAUGUCCCGAGAUGAGUUAGGUUGUGCUGUGCGCACAGCCGGCCCUUCUCCGACAUUUUAUCUCGGAAUUCUCGGGGAGGGGGCAUCGCCUCUUAUCUCAAAGCCACUCACCCGGGCUGGGUGUGAUGUCACGGGCUGGAAACACGCGGGGGGGUUCGAGCUCAGCCUGCCGAGACACGGACGUGACUCCGGCGUGAUAAAACCUCAUCACCGCCCUCAAAACCUGCGAGCGGCGGAGAUAACAAACCCCGCCGGAGGCUGCAGGAGAUGGGGAAGCUCUCGGGGAGGCUGUGCCGGGAGCGGCGGUGAUUCAGAGCCGGGAGACGCUCCCGGCCGGGGCAGGGAGCGGGGACUCGCUCUGGUGACCCUCGGGAGGAGGAAAAACGGGAAUGAGGCGAUCCCGCAGCCCGGAAUGUUCGUGGGUCACUCUCGGAUGGCGCUCGCUCCUGUCUCGCAGGAUUCCUCUCCUUCUCGGCUGUUAAUUCCCAGCGCUUCGGAGCUCAUCCUUUGCUAUCCAUAGAUUUUUUUAAAUUUUUUUUCCCCCUCCUGGAGCAGGAUAACCCGCUGAUUGUUCGCUGUGUCCAGAGCAGCCCGGGAUAAGGCAGCAGCUCGUUUUCAAUGAAGCGCCGAGAAAAGCUGGAGCUCAGCACAAUUCCCUGCCCGCCGGAGAUCCUAAUCUCGCCUUGGCAGCCGAGCGGAGCGGGCACCGCCGCUCCAUGAGCCGGCCCCGGCACGGAGGCGAGCCCAGCCUGCUCCGGAAUUCCUGGCUCCGGAAUUCCCGGCUCUGGAAUUCCCGGCUCUGCAAUUCCCGGCUCCCGAAUUCCCGGCUCCCGCAUCCCCGGCUCCCGCAUCCCCGGCUCCCGCAUCCCCGGCUCCCAAAUUCCCGGCUCCGGCAUCCCCGGCUCCCCAAUUCCCGGCUCCCCAAUUCCCGGCUCCCAAAUUCCCGGCUCCCCAAUUCCCGGCUCCCCAAUUCCCGGCUCCCGGGCUGCCCCGGCCGCCGAGGGCGCGAUGGAAACUCCCUGAGCCAGCGGCUGGAAAAUCCGUGCGGCAAAGGUGGGGACCCUCGGCCGCCGCAUGAGCAGGGCCUGGCCGGGCCAUGGCCUGGCCGCUGCCGCUGCUGCUGCUGCUGGCGCUGCCCGGCCGCGCUCCGGCCGCGCGCAGCCGCGACUUCACCGCCAAGGACAUCGUCUACCUGCACCCCUCCACCACGCCGUACCCUCAUGGAUUUAAGUGUUUCACGUGUGAAAAGGCCUCCGAUAAUUACGAGUGCAACCGCUGGGCUCCGGAUGUUUACUGCCCCCGAGGGACCAGGUACUGCCUGAGCCAGCACACGAUGAGGGCCAGCGGGGAGAGCGUCUCUGUCACCAAGCGCUGCGCGGGGCUCGAGGAGUGUCUGAGCUCGGGCUGCUCCUACCUCGGGCACGAGGAGUACAAGGUGUGCACGUCCUGCUGCGAGGGCUCCAUCUGUAACCUGCCGCUGCCGCGGAACGCCUCGGACGCCGUGUUCGCCACCGCGGCCCCGCUCGGCGCCACCGCGGCCCCGGCCCCGCCCGGCCCCGCCACCGCGCUCGGGCUGUGCCUGGCGCUGCUGGCGACAGCCGCGGGACACGGCCUGUGACAGCGACAGUGACAGCCAUGGGACACGGCCUGUGACAGCGACAGCCGCGGGACACGGGCUGUGACAGCGACAGGGACAGCCGCGGGACACGGGCUGUGACAGCCGCGGGACACGGGCUGUGACAGCCGCGGGACACGGGCUGUGACAGCGACAGCCGCGGGACACGGCCUGUGACAGCCGCGGGACACGGCCUGUGACAGCCGCGGGGACAGCGACACGGACUGUGACAGCGACAGCCGCGGGACACGGGCUGUGACAGCCGCGGGACACGGGCUGUGACGGGGACGGGGACAGCGACAGAGACAGGGACUGUGACAGCCAUGGGGACAGGGACAGGGAUGGGGACAGGGACAGGAAUGGAGACAGGGACAGGGAUGGGGACAGGGAGAGGAAUGGAGACAGGGACAGGGAUGGGGACAACGACAGGGACAGGGACAGAGACAGUGACGGUGACAACGACGGUGACAGGGAUGGUGCCAGGGAGAGCGACAGGGACGGUGACAAGACAGAGACAGGGAUGGUGACAGGACAGGAACAGGACAGUGACAGGGAUGGUACCAGGGACAAUGACAGGGACGGUGACACGACAGGGACAGUGCCACGCUGCCCCAGCUGAGCCACCCGGCCGGGCCUGAAUCCCCUCCUGGCCUCUGGCUCCUCCCGAUCCCACCCGGAUAACCGGGACGGGCUGGCGGAACCCCCGCGUGUCGCCGGAGGAACUCCCGGAGGAAUUCCCGGGACCCCGCGCUGAUCGCUCUGGAAGGGACCUCUGAGGCUGCAACAGCCACCAAGCCCCGCCUAACUCUGGGCAAGUCCGGCUUAUCUCGGCCUUUGAGGCGUUCCGUCACUGCUGGCGUCAUCGAAUCCCCCUUGGGAGCAGCAGCGUCAUUAACUGCGCUGGCUCAUUAACAGGCGUUAAUUAACGCGUUCCGCAGCCCGGCAUGGGCACGGGGAGGAGCGAGCCCUGCCCAGCAGCAGCUCCGGCACCGCCGCGGUUCCGCAUUCCCGGUGCCUCUGCCCUGGAAUUCCUCAUUCCCCGCGAAUUUCCCUGGGAAUUCCGCUGGAAUUCCCGAACCGAAGCAGAGAAAUCCCCAAAUUCCUCCUCUCCCGCGGGAUCUGAGGCGCCGAGAGGAGCAGGAGGAUGAGGAGGAGCCGCCGCUCGCCGGAUUCCCGCUGGCUCAGGGGGAUAUUUCCAAUUUUUUCCCAUUUUAGCCCCAAACCCCGCGCUCUGAACGAGCGAAGGUGAAUCCCGAACAUCUCCUGGGAUUUUUAUUCCACGGGCUCCGGGCCUGUUCGGGUGACCUGUGGGGCUCGUUUGGCCCGGAAAUCACGGAUGCAAUAUUUAUUUUUAUAAGUCGAGGAGGAAAAGAUUCCAGUGCUGGAAAAGAUUCCCAAAUCGCUGAUCUUGCCCGAAAAAAAGGGAGGGUUUGCAAGUCAGCGAGCCUGUAAUAUAUAAAUGCUAAAAAGAAUAUAUAUAAAUAUAAAUAUAUAUAUAAAAUGUUCUACAUCACUUUAAAAAAAGAAUCAACUUUGUCUUGCAAAGUCAGUAAUAAAAGCAGGCUGUCAUGGACUUGCUUUAAAACUGUUUUAUAAUUAGUUUUUUUUCUAAAUAAUCAUUAAUUACUUUUUCAGGAGCAGAUUUUUUCCUAUUCUUGCUCCAAGGUAACUUGAGCUCUAUCGAAUUCUGGUAUUUUUAGGCUCAGAAGCUUUUUUGGGGGCAAUUGCAGGGAAAUGCAGACUCCUGGAGAGCUCCCAGGUCCGGAAUCCGUGUGGGAUAUCCUGGAAAAUCAGGAAUCUGCUCAUGGAAGGGGCUGUCCUGGAUUUUGUGGCCUUGGGACUGAAAUUUCCAGGGAGGUUUCUUGGAGCAGCUCCCCAUUUAAUUCCAGGUGAUUUCUCCAGGGAAGGAAAGGCUCAGUGUGUUUCACAGAUGUUAUUUUUUAAAAAAAUCUAUCUAUAUAUAUAAAUUAUAGAUAUAGAUCUUUAUAAAAAUCGACCUUCACAGCUGUUUGUUUUUCAUUAUUUUUAAUAUAAAAUCAACAUUUUUGGGGUCUCAUUCCCAGAAUUUUGCUGUCCUUUCAGGACUUCCUCACCUAUCUCUGUUUUUUAAAAUCUCUUUUUCUAUGCAAAUUCCACCUGGCUCUGGAAAUUCCCCCCCUAAAAAAAAAAAUCCAAGCCUGUCCCUCCUCUGGCAUCUCCCUGGAUGGUUUUAAAAAAGGAAAUUUGCACCAGUGUGGGGCUCCAAACCCCAGAAAAUGCUGAGCUGCACCCUAUUUAUUUUUCAGGGCUGUUGCUUUGAAAUGUUUAAUUGUUUUUAACAGGUGUAAAUUCUGUACAGCUGUAUAAAUAAAUGGGUUAAAUAUUCA